UAUUUUAUCUGUGAAUUGCGUUUUUGGUGACAAGUGAAAUCGGUGAAAUCAUUUUGAUAAAUACUUGAUUAAUUUCCGAAGAUGUCUUUCUUUGGUGUAGGAAAUCCUUUUUCUACGCCGGUGGGUCAGAAAAUAGAACAAGCUACAGAUGGAUCGUUACCGUCGGAAAAUUGGGCUCUUAAUAUGGAAAUAUGUGAUAUUGUGAACAGCAGCACAGACGGGCCCAAGGAUGCCAUAAAGGCUAUAAGAAAGAGGUUGACUCAAAGUGCUGGGAAGAACUACACAGUUGUCAUGUACACCCUCACUGUUCUGGAAACCUGUGUUAAAAACUGUGGAAAGUCUUUUCAUGUACUGGCUUGCAACAAGGAGUUUAUAUCUGAAUUGGUAAAACUUAUUGGACCCAAAAAUGAUCCUCCUACAGUGGUUCAAGAAAAAGUUCUCAGCCUCAUCCAGUGCUGGGCUGAUGCUUUCCAAAACCAGCCAGAUUUACAGGGUGUCGUUCAGAUCUACACGGAGUUGCGAACUAAAGGUGUUGAAUUCCCCAUGACUGACUUGGAUGCCAUGGCGCCCAUAUUCACACCGCAAAGGAGUGUUCCUGACAGUGGAGAGCCCAUCAUUGGCUCGCCUCAACGAUCAGCUAUGCCGCAAAACUCGCCUAGUCGCCCUACUCAGGAACAGAUCUCUGCAACUGUAACGCUAUCCGAGAGUCAGACGAACAAGCUCCGCGCUGACUUGGCCGUGGUGGACGGCAACAUGAACGUGAUGAACGACAUGCUCAACGAGCUCACCACGCAGCCCCACACCGCCCACCAUGACACUGACAUCGAGCUGCUUAAUGAGUUAGCAGACACACUCCGCGCUAUGCAGACCCGCGUGGCGGAGUUAAUCGGCCGCCUGGCUGGCGAGUCGCCCCUCACUGCCGAACUGCUGCAUGCCAAUGACCGUCUUAACAAUCUGCUGCUGAGACACGGACGAUUUGUUAAUAACAGGAAUGCUGCAACCGGUGGCGCCACUCCAUCAGCCAUCCUGGGCGCUGCCAUGGGAGUUCCUGGAUCUAACGCUCCCGCAUCACCAAAGAAAGCUGACGAUGAUGCUCUGAUUGAUCUCAGCGACGAUGUACCUGAUAUUGCUAAACUGACGGUGAAGGACGCUCAGCUAGACAAGUCCCCGGGCAGCUCUAAGGACGAGUUCGACAUGUUCGCGCAGUCGCGUAACCUUACCUACGAGAACUCUAAGACUGGUGGCAGCAGUUACGCAGAUAACUUAGAGGAGCAGACAUCUACCGGCCUGGCUUCGGCCGCCAGCCAGAGGGCCACACAAGGACAGCCAUUGCCGUCUGGCAUGGAUCAGCGCGAGAUCGAUGAAAUAGCCGCUUGGUUAGAACAGGAGAAGGCCGCCUCAGAAGCUACCGGUGGUCAAGAGAGUGUAACAAGCAGCGACUUCGACAAGUUCCUCGCGGAACGCGCCGCCGCCGCCGACACCCUGCCCCCCGCCCCCGCCCCCGCCCCCGCCCCCGCCACCCCCGCCACCCCCGCGCCGCCCCUCCCCGCCGCCCUCACCCCCCGCCACCGACAGAUCAACAAGGAGGAACAGGACUCUAUGUUCGCGCUCUGAUUGCUUGUGUAGUCAGGUGCGUUUCGUUUUACGGUAGAUUGCAGUGAACUUGCAGUGUAGUAAGUUUGGUUACGACUAAAUGUGUUAAAGAAGUCAAAAUACCUUUGAUAUUGAAGAAUACAGAAUGAAGUUAGCUCUUGGUAGAGACAACCAUCAACUAAAGAUUUUUUUUCACUAUCUACACCAAAAGCAUAGCAAGUUGAUCAUAAAUGUUACAAGUUAUAAAAAAAAAUUGUGUUAUGAACACAUUGAGCGAUAAUCAUACUUACUGCAUUUAUGCAAGUUCACUUUAAUCGUACUCAAUCAACUAACUAUUUUAGCCGUCACUAUCAAAAAUAAAAAUCCUUGAAUAAGGAUUGUUUUGUUAAACAUCAAAACAAUUAAUACAAACAUAACUGAAACAUUCUAAGGGUGCAAAACGCACGUUGCGCAAAAUAUAUGGUACUAUUAAUGAUGACAAUUGCACUACUCUAUAUAUUACUAAUGCCAAGUAUAAAAUUAAAUAUGUGCAUUCUGUAUAGAUUUAAUAAAUCCAAUGAAGUGUAAUUAAUAUUAUUGUGAAAUGAAGUAACAGCACUAUUUAGAAGAUCAUAGGGCGCAAAUUUUCCUAUGUUUUAACACCAUAAGUGUGACGAUAAUUGGCUUAGGCGAUUAUCACACUGCCCCGCAUGAUGCAGCGUAGCGCGUGGAUGCGUUUUUUUCCGUUGCUUGUAAAUAUCUCCGUUUGUAUGGAAAACACGCAUAGUCCAACACACUGAAAAUGCAUCCACGCGCGUUCAUGCGGAUCACGCGCAUACACGCGGAGAAACAUGCACCCCCGCGCGUAGGUGCGGGGCGAGACGCAAGGUAUGGCACACUGAAUCCCGCAGUGCCGCGCGUGAUUUUGAAUGGGCGUGACAUGUAUAUUUGAAAAUGGAACUCGAUGAGAGCCGCCGUGCUUGAAUCUACAAAACGCACCUACGCGCGUGAGUGCGCAAAAAACCCGCACGAUGAUGCAGAUCUGCACUCCCGCAGGAACGCGCGUAGGUGCGUCGACACGCAAGAUGCAGCGUGAUGCGGGGAGUGUGAAGAUCACCUUAGAGAUUACGCCUGCCAGCCGCCGUACGUAGAGCCAUUAGAGUUGUUUUUGCAUCGAAUCGUAUUUAAUACACCGCGAUUAGUUCUCGUUAUAACAAUAAUUCACAUGUAUUCGAUAUGCCGUUUGGUGCCUGGCUUUUAUAGUUGUAAUUGAAAUAUUUUAAGCUGACUAAUCGAUUUUCAUCAACUAAUUUUAAAAGUUACGAAAUUAAAAAGUUUUUAAACAUUUGUUAAUAUUCGGUCGAGAUUACUAACUUGUAGGGAUAAGAUUUGAAUUGUUCAACUUAAAAUAUAUCAAUAUAUAUAAUGUAUCAGCGUGGUAAACAAUAAGUACAUAACUACGGCUGCAUCAUUGACUAUGUAUUACACUAGGAUAAGUUUACAUUAGGUAGAAUUCUUUAAUAUAUAACUUAUGUAGACUUCACUAGACCACGGGAGCAUUUAAUACAAGACCACUGGCGUUCCAAAUUUAUUAAUUACGGCUAUGUAAUUAUUUACGAGUUUUAUAGUAUUGAAGUAUUGGAGUGAUCGUCGAAGGGUCGAGAUUGUGAUAUAUAAUAUUGUUUUAUAUAUAGUAUAUCGUGGUACUUUUAUUUGCUAGAUUUAGUGAUUACUAAGAGUUAUCAAGAAGGAUGUAUUUGUAUAUUAAUUUAGUACCUGUUCGUACUGCAUUUUCUUUUGUUUUUGUUGAUUAUUGAAAUUAUAAGGAGUAGGAGAUAAAAAGGAUUUAAUGAAAUCGAUUAUUUUAUUGUAUAACGAUUCUACAAUCGAGUGAAGAAUGGAUUCCGCUCGGAAUUAAAUCAGUCGACGUGUUUUAAUAACUCUUAUCUAUGUCUAUAAUCAUGUAUGAACUUGAAUGUAUUUGAUAUUUAUUAUCUAAUUUCGCGAACUUUAUUUAAUGUCAAGGUCUAUAUGAUAUAGCUGAGUAGGUUACCUACACAGUUAUUAGACCAUUUUGCGAUGAAAUUCGUAUCUAUAUGAUAUAAAAAUGAUUCAUAUUUUGUUCUCAAGUUCAGGCAUUAUUAUUUCCCACAUUGUUAGUUAUGUUUAAUUCGUAAUGGAUCUGUAUAAAGCGUAGAAUAAUGAUAAUUCAUCAUAAUGAACAAAAGUUACCCCUACAUGUAACAGACUGUACCAAAGUGCUACCCGUUCACUAACAAUGUAACAUGCCAUUCCACAUUUGUCUCAAUUAAAUGUUCUUUUGGUGUUAAUGUGAUAAUUUAAAAGAACAAGCUUAAUGUUAAUUAUUUAAAAGAGUUAUUUUAUGUUGUAAUCGUUGUAUUUAAGAUAAUAAAAUAAUUACCAUACAAA